UCAUCACAUCUCUGUCUUCUCAUUUCACUCUUUCAAUUCUUUUAUAACUUUCUUGAAAAACCUGAGUUAAAGGGUUUUCUUUAAAUAUUAUCAAAACUAAUACUAAUACUAAUAAUAUCAAUAAUGUUGUCGAACCACGAUAAGAAUAAUUUCCCGGCAAGGCUCUUUUCAACGCCACCGGCAUCAUGGAAGUCGCAGAAUUCUCCUGCGGCGGUGGAGAUGCCGAUGUCGGAGAGGAAGAGUAAUUGCAGACGUGAUCUUUUCCAUGUCGUUCAUAAAGUGCCUUCUGGCGAUUCUCCUUAUGUCAGGGCUAAACAUGUUCAGUUAAUAGACAAGGAUCCAAGCAAGGCAAUUUCCUUGUUCUGGGCUGCUAUAAAUGCUGGUGAUCGGGUUGAUAGUGCUUUGAAAGACAUGGCGGUGGUGAUGAAACAGUUGGAUCGAUCUGACGAGGCAAUUGAAGCAAUAAAAUCUUUUCGCCAUCUCUGCGCUUAUGAUUCUCAGGAAUCUCUAGACAAUGUGCUUGUUGAACUCUACAAGAGGUCUGGAAGGGUUGAAGAAGAAAUUGAUAUGCUGCAUCGCAAACUAAAGAACAUAGAUGAUGGUUUAGCUUUUGGUGGAAAGAGGACAAAGACUGCAAGAUCGCAAGGGAAAAAGGUUCAAAUAACAGUCGAACAAGAAAGAUCAAGGAUACUGGGGAACUUGGCCUGGGCUUACUUGCAGCAUCAUGAUUAUGGUUUGGCAGAACAGCAUUACAGGAAAGCUCUGUCUGUGGAGCCAGAUUAUAACAAGCAGUGCAACUUGGCACUUUGCUUGAUGCAUAUGAACAAAAUUCCUGAAGCAAAAUCUCUGCUUCAGGCUGUAAGUGAUUCAUGUGGAAGCACAGAGAUGGAUGAAUCUUAUGCUAAAUCCUUCGAGCGUGCUGUUGAAAUGCUGAAUGAUUUAGAGUCAGUGUCAUUGUUAAAACCAGUUGAAGAGGACAGAGAAAACCAAAGAUCUUUGGCAUCACCUGCCAUCACUGGAUCCAUGGACUCCAGAAGGUGGGAAAAUGGAGAGAAUACCACAGGAUCUCAUUGUGAAACCGGUUCUGAGAGCCAGAGAAAUUUCUUUGAAAGCAAUGAAAGUGGUCCAAAAUGCAUAUCAUCUGGACUAACAGGCAGUUCACGGUCUUCUCAACGUUCUGGAGUUGAUAAUGGCUGGAGGAGGAGAGAUCGUUAUUUUGAAAGCCCAGGUGAAAGGUCUGAUUAUUCUAGCAAAAUGAAGGAAAAUUGGACAGGUUCUGCUGGGAAAGAACUAGGUCCUGCAUGCAAGAAAAUGCUUACUUCUCCUGCAGCCGUGCUAUACACACAACCAAGAAGAGGUUCUUGGCGAUUCAGUGAAGGAGGUCAGAGAAAGGUUAGAUGGGAAGAGGAUACAGUUCAGAGACCGUCUGAAAAUGUGUUAGCUCAUACUAUCCGGAAUCUAGAUGGAGAACUACAAGAAUCAACUGAUUAUAAAUCAGAAGCUGCAUUAUUAAAAUCCCGAUCCAGUUUGGUUUCUCCUGCUGAGAGAAAUUGGAGAAGAAGGCCAGAGACUGAAGUUGCUCAAGUGAAGAGCACAGGAGUAGCAGCACUAAAUCAGAUUCCUCAACCUAAGAUAGAAGGGCACAGGUUAAGGUGUUGUAGUGAAUAUGAUGGUUAUGCCCAUAACGUGUUAAAACAUGACUUGCAGCAAGCAAGCUGGAGAAGGCAUGCCAAGGGAAUCAGUGACCCGAUAAUAUCUGAAACAGAAGAUCAAAUAAUGUUGGUUGAUGAGCCAAGAGAAUUUGAAACUUCCAUUUGCAGAGCGGAACAAGCUUCUGCGGUGAAUGUUUCUGGGAAGGUGAAAUCAACAGAUUCUGUUGCACAUAGUUGUCUUGAAAAGAACAGCUCAGUAAAAUCUGCUAGUAAGAGCUGGGCAGAUAUGGCUGAAGAAGAAGACGACCUGAGCCCUUAUUUUGAUAGUUGGAAUUAUGAAGAAUGUACUGAUGAAAAUCUGAAUUCAAACAUAGUUCAUCAAAGUCUUUGUCCAAAGAGUCCUACAGUAACUAUAAGCCAAAAGCUGGAAGCAUUUGAUCUCAGAGAUGGCUCAGUUGUUUCUCCAAGGAAUCCAACAGUGCGGCGUUCUUUAUGUUUCGAUGCCAAGAAGGGUCCUCUAAUGAGGAAAAAUAACAGAUUGCAAGUUUUCCGGGACAUAACUCCAACUCCAGAUAGCCCAUAGAGCUUGAAUCUUGAACUCGUUCAGAAACUAUAUCCUUAGAGCAUGAAGCACCACUUUGAUCUUAAAGAUUGCUAAACAGAUUCAGGAUGUUGUUACUCCAAGCAAAUAUGCCAAGAAGGAUUUUCAUACCAGGAAAACAAGGGUCUGCUGGUUUUUAAAACAACAAUUCACUCCAGAUAGCCCAUAAACUUGAAUCUUCAAGAAAUACUGUGUAUAGAAGUAAUGUAUUUGUGAAUACGAGUGCUUGAACUGCAGUGGUCCUUUUUUUGAGCCUGUUUAAUAGAAGGUCUUAUUUUCUUCUACCUUAUUUUGCUACAUGGAGAGAGUUCCUGUAGAACCAACCCUUUUAUAUAUAUUACCUCCAUCAUUCAUCAUUUUACUACACUGUAAAGUAAAAGGUCGUUAUUGAGACAUGAUUGUGUUCCAUUAAGACAUGAUUGUGUUCCAUUAUUUAGUGGUGGUUGCUUUUCAACCCAUUUAUGCUAUCUAUUGAUACACAGGUAGGAAACAAAACAAAUUAUGUAAUAGAUUGCAGAAGGUUCACUAUUAAAACUUUUUUCUUCAUAUCAUAAAAUCCAUCUACACUCUGGAGGAAAUACAAGUAAAAACAAGAUUAUCAGGUAGUUGCUCAAGGUUUUCAGAGCAC